UUGAGAUUUUGAUGACGUCAGAAAUCGGCUUCAGAGAAAAAUGGCCGCGAUGAGCAGAGGAAUAGAGGGUUUAAAACUUUGGGAAAAGUCAGGGAAAUCGGAAUUCAUCAAGCAAUGGAGUACUCUCAAGGAGAAGAAUUUUCUAAGCAAGGAUUCUAAAGUGCUGAAGAAUGCAUUGUUUGAGUUGUCAUGGCGAGUUCUGAAUGGACAGAUGAAGGUGGAGUCGGCAAUUAAUCUUCUGGAGGAUCUAUGCGAAAGUGUGAAAGAACUACCUGUGGCCAUCUCGGAUGUGUUUGCUAUCUUAGAUGUAGAGCUGUCAAUCUCAGAAGAAAACAGCCAUAGAGACAAGUUUAUCUCCCUUGUUUUGGGUUGUGAGAAAAUGGUGGCAUCUUCUCUACUCAAAGAGAGGCUAGAUCUGGAAACUUUAGAGAGCCUUGGCCUUUUGUCAUCAAAGGCGCAAUUCAGUCAGAAAUAUGUUAAACUGAAAACAAAGCUUUAUUACAAGCAGAAGAAGUUCAAUUUGUUGAGAGAAGAAAGUGAGGGAUAUGCCAAGUUGAUUUCUGAGCUUAAUCAGGAUAUCACUGAAAAAAUAACUGUGGAGCAGAGCGUGGAAAAUCUUAAGUCUCUAAUAGGUUGUUUUGAUCUGGACCCAAAUCGUGUGCUGGACAUUUUACUGGAGUCUUUUGAAUGCCGGCCUCAUCUGGAGAAUUUCUAUGUCCCCUUGUUUAAGGAGUAUGUCACGGAGAGGAAGACACUAUGUAACAUCCUGGGGUUCAAAUUUCACUUCUACGAGGAGGAAGAGACCCCUCCCAGUCUUUACAAAGUGGCUGCUCUUUUACUGCGACACAAUCUGAUCGACCUGGGAACCCUCUACCCACAUCUGCUUCCUGGUGAUUCCAAGAUUAAGGAGUAUAACCAGAAAGAGGUGGACGAGGCCAAGGCAUACGCCCGCAAGCUCAGCGUAGUCAAUCUGGCCGAGAGAAACGAAGAAUCCAAGGACACCGAGGCAGUCAAGGUUGACUUGUAUGUAAUCAAUCAGAAACUCGGAUUGACUGAGGCCUUACUAAGACUUGGGGUCUGGGACAAAGCGAAAGAGAUUUUGGACAGGUUGCCUGAGUUCUUCGGCACGGUUCACCGACCCAUUGCCACCGGAUUAUGCUCCAUGGUCCACUGCAUGAUUGACUCAUUAUACAAAGAUAAUGCAGGCCUGCCAAAAAAGAUUCUUAAAGGGAAGGUGAGCAGUGAUAAAAACCUGACGAAAAACUUACAGGAAGUGGGCUCCUACCGAGCUCUGCACACCGAGGUGUUCCCAGUGAUGCGGUAUAUUGGACCCUACGCAUCAUGUGACCCAGUGCUAAUUGUCAAAUUCAUUCGCCUUGGAAAGUGCUUUAUGACCAAGAGACACAGCGGUGGUAUAACACCGGAGGAUGACGUGGCAUAUUACGGAUUUCUGAACAUGUUGGAUGAGGUGCUGUUACCCAGCAUGUCCAUGCUGCCAUGUAACUGUUGUCUGUCGGAAGAGCUCUGGGGCUUCCUCAAACUCUUUCCUUAUGAACUCAGGUACCGCCUGUACGGGAAUUGGAAGAAUGACACCUACAAUCAACACCCCCGACUGGUUCGUAUCCGUGCUGACAGUAUGGAGCGGGCUAAAUACCUCAUGAAACGUCUUUCAAAGGAGAACGUGAAGCCCUCUGGUCGUCAGCUUGGGAAACUGAGUCACAGUAAUCCAGGGGUCCUGUUUGAAUAUGUGUUGUCUCAGAUCCAGACACAUGAUAACUUUAUUGGUCCAGUGGUAGACUCUCUGAAGUACCUUACAUCUAUGUCGUAUGAUAUGCUGGCAUACUGCAUUAUUGAUGCUUUGGCCCAUCCCGACAAGAGCAGGAUGAAGUAUGACGAUACAAAUAUAUCCAAGUGGCUGCAAAGUCUUGCAAACUUUGCUGGUUGUAUAUGUAGGAAAUACCAAGUAGACUUAGCAGGACUGAUGCAAUACGUGGCCAAUCAGCUGAAGGCAGGAAAAAGUUUUGACCUUUUGCUGUUGAGGGAAGUGGUGACUAAGAUGGCAGGAAUAGAAAUCUCAGAAGAAAUCACAGACGAUCAGCUAGAUGCCAUGUCUGGCGGGGAACUAUUGAGACAGGAGGGGGGAUAUUUUGCACAAGUGAGGAACACAAAGAAAUCAUCCACAAGAUUAAAGGACUCAUUGUUAGAGCACGAUCUGGCCUUAGCUCUGUGUAUUCUCAUGGCGCAGCAGAGGGACAGCGUGAUUUAUGAGGAGAGUGCAGAAAGUCACCUUAAACUUGUAGGCAGGCUGUAUGAUCAGUGCCAGGACACCUUAGUUCAGUUUGGGAGUUUUCUGUCGAUGCAGCUGAGUACGGAGGAGUUCGUGAAGAGACUUCCGACGAUUGACACGCUGAUUACAACGUUCCACGUCCCCGCUGACGCUGCCUUCUUCCUCUGCCGUCCACAGUACACCUAUGCAAUUAACUCCAAAUUUGAUGAACUUCGCAAAAUGGACAAAAACAACAAACAGUCUGGAAGUCAGUUGAAGCAACAGCGAUACAUUGAAGCAGCAGAGGCAGUCAUGAAUCCCGUGGUGGAACUGAUCCGGCCGAUUUAUAACUGUCGAGUCUGGGAGGACCUCAGCGCUACCUUCUUUGUGACGUUCUGGUCUAUGUCAAUGUAUGAUCUGGCCGUACCUACGACAGUGUACGAUAAACAGAUACAACAGCUCACUGCUCAGAUAACAGCCAUAGAGGACAAUGAUGAUCUGCCCCAGAGUAAAAAGAAGAAAGAGAAGGAGCGCUGUAGCAAUCUGAUGGCCAAACUGAAGGAUGAGAUGAAGAAACAGGGGGACCACUGUAGUCGUGUGAUGGGAAGGCUCAAAGCUCAGAGGGACUCGUGGUUUAUCUCGAGAUCGACUAAGAAUGAGACGAUUACCCAGUUCCUUCAGUUGUGUAUAUUCCCUCGAUGCUGUUACACAGCGUCGGAUGCACUUUACUGUGCUAAAUUCAUUCACAUUCUACACGAUUUGAAAACGACAAAUUUCUCCACCCUCAUCUGUUGUGAUAGGAUAUUCUGUGAUAUCACGUACACCGUUACAAACUGUACAGAGAACGAGGCUCACAGAUAUGGCCGAUUUCUGUGUGCUUCUCUGGACACCAUUAUGAAAUGGCACAGCAGCAAGGAAAUCUACGACAAGGAAUGUGCUUCAUAUCCUGGUUUUGUCACAGUGUUUAGGAAGGGAACGGACAGUGUCAAUAUCGCAGAUCAGCUGGAUUACGAAAACUACAGACAUGUCUGUCACAAGUGGCACUUCAGAAUCACAAAGGCCAUGGUUGCCUGCUUAGAGUCUGGGAACUACAUCCAAAUACGCAAUGCCCUGAUUGUCUUGACAAAGAUAUUGCCAAACUAUCCGAAGAUACAGCAGUUUGGACAGGCCCUGGAAAGGCGGGUAGAUAGGCUCCGACAAGACGAGAAAGGCAAAAGACCGGACAUUUAUGCUCUUGCCAUGAUGUACUCUGGUCAGCUGAAGGGAAAGAAGACCAGCUGGGUACAGGAAGCCAUGUUCCACCACAAAGAGUUGAAAGGAAAGAAGCUGGGAACGGGAGCCUCUAAAAAUGAAAACAAAGCCAGUGGAGAAACAAAAACCUCCAAUGGUGAGGUGAAAGAGUCCUCCAGCAGCAAGGAGAAAAAGUCUGAAAAGAAGGAAAAAUCUGAGGGAAAGUCUAAAUCUGACAAAAAGGAUGAAGACAAAAAAGACUCGGGCAGUGGAACAAAGAAACCCAUCAAAGAAAAAUCAAAAGACAAAGAAAAAUCAAAAGAGGAGAAAACACAGCGUAAGGAGGAAAAGUCUGCCCAUAAGGAGAAGUCCAUUAAAAGAGAGCCGGAGGACGAGGGGGACAGAGGCCAGAACAAGGAAAACAAACGCUCACGAGAGGCGGAGAAACACACUGACAAGUCUGAGGAGAAAAUUCGGGUUAAAGAGGAACCCCAGGAAUGGACAGAGAGAGAGGUGAAGGACAGAAAGGAUGGUCAUGACUGUGGCCAUGGUGACGGGAAGAUCAAGGAGGAGAGGCUAGAGAAGAUCAAACUGAAAAGGACACACAGCCCAUCUGAGGUCAAGGACAAGGAGCAUAAAGACCACCGAGCAGAGAGGGCAUCCAGCAUCGGUUCCCAGGAAAGUCGAGGCUCCUGGAAAAGUCCAGAACAGUCAUCAAAGUCACAGGACGAGAGAGAUACUAAACGUCGAAAGUUGGAAAGCAGUUCAGCUGCAGGGUCAAAGGACCGGGACCACAGUGAAACUCGGGACCACCAUAAGAAGGUCAUCCGAAAGAUUUCAGACUCUCACUUUUGAAUGCUGCACCUUUGGUGAAGGAUGUCACCUAUUCUCUCCCGGCCAAGGCAGGGGUCAUUCUGUCACGGCCAAGGCAGGGGUCAUUCUGUCAUGGCCAAGGCAGGGGCUCAUUCUGACGCGGCCAAGGCAGGGGUCAUUCUGUCAUGGCCAAGGCAGGGGCUCAUUCUGACGCGGCCAAGGCAGGGGUCAUUCUGUCACCGGCAACGCGGGGCUCAUUCUGACACUGCUAAGGUGGGGAUCAUUCUGAUGCUGCCAAGGCAGGGCUCACUCUGACGCGGCCAAGGCGGGGCUUACUCCGACAUGGUCAAGGUGGGGAUCAUUCUGACAAGGCCAAGGUGGGGAUCAUUCUGACAUGGUCAAGGUGGGGAUCGUUCUGACAUGGUCAAGGUGGGGAUCAUUCUGACACGGUCAAGGCAGGGAUCAUUCUGACAAGGCCAAGGUGGGGCUCAAUGACUUGUGACUUGGCUCAAGUCAUGAGAAAAUUAUAUCCUCUGAAGCCCCCUGACGAGUAUCAAAAACUAACCCCCAUGGUAGAAUAUGUAUAUCAACUGUCAGAGUUUGUCCAUCCCCUAAAUUUGUAAUGGAGGGACAUUAAAAGUUUGUACAUAGCAUUAAGAUAACCUGUGGCAUUAUGGUGUAUUAUUACUCAAGUUCUGCAUUCAUUUCUCAAUCCUAGCAGACAGAUCAAACCUAAAUUGACUCAUGUAAGUAAUGACUUUCAACAAGCGUCCAUCAGUAUAAGUAAAACUAGAGGUCUUUUGGAUGUGACCUUAAAAUCAGGGGUCCUUGUUUCACAGUAGAUGUCUGCAUAAUGACAAACCCUCACUGCUAUGACCUUAAGCGCCUUGCAUAGGUCAAAUUUGUGGCACUUCACUGAAUAGCUUACAUUUGGUGAUGUCUUUUAAUUGAAUGAAAAUUUAUUGAAUAGGACAUAAAACAAAUUACAGGGUAAAAAAAAUUCAAAUUUAUGUCUUAGGUUUAAUUUUGUAUUGGAAAGGCAUUAAAAGCUUGUACAUGUACUUAGCAACAAUGUUUUUGUUGGAAAGAUUCAAGGUCAUUUUAAAAGUUUGAAAUAUUUGUCGGGGUCAUACCUUUGCUAUAGAGAGUUAUCGUAAGUUCAUACCCAACACAAAGGCUGCUAUGGCCAGGUCAUUUGGUCAAGGUUGAAAGUAACAAAGAAAGCAGUUUGAAAUUUUUAUACAGGCUGUAACUUUGUAUGGAAAAGACCCAUGCAUGAUCUUGGCACAAAGGUUGCUUACGGCUAGAUGGUGUUUGGUACCACUGGCGAGAUCCUAACUCAGUUUGCCCAAAUUUUAUUGUCCCUGUAUACCUCCCUGUCAUUUUCUUCCACGUAAAAAUGGACCACAUUAGAUUACAAAUAAAAACUUGUUCUGAGCCCCCUGUCACGAAGAAAUCUGACAUUUUUCCAUUUUGUUAUAAUGACUGUGUAUGGUUAUAAUGACUUGUGUAGUGUUAUAUCGACUUGCCUAUUGUUAUAUCGACUUGUCUAUUGUUAUAUCGACUUGUAUAUGUUGUACAGAGUCCAUCUAAUGAGAGAGAACGAGAAAGGAAGGACAGGAAAA